UGAAAACAGGGCUUUAAUUCGAUAUUUGUUUACUUGUUCCUCGCAAAGAAACUUUGCUCUUUAAAUCCGACAUUUUCGAACGGAAUAACAGGAUAUAUAUAUUGAAAUUAUCGCUGAACCAAAUAAUAACUCAAAUAUGUCGAGACUCAAGAAAUGUACGGAAAGAGACAUAUCCAUGCUGCUUGAGACAAAUUCGGAUGAUGAGGUAGAUGAGUGCGAUCAAUCUUAUCUGCCGCAAGAGAGUUCCUCAGAGUCAUCAGAGAACUCCGAAAUUUUUGAAAAUAACAAACAAUUGUUAUUGCGAGCGAAUACAUUGCGUAAGGAACAAGUUUCUCUGAGACUCAAAUUGAGACGUUCCACGGAACAGAGCGCUUACAAAAUAGAUACCGAAUCGGAAGACGAGAGACCGAGAAGGUCAAUCAGAAGUACGAGAUAUCGUUCGCAAGAUGAGAAUCAGAUGCCACGCAAAGGCAAGAGAAUGAUACAGGUACCUAAACGAUAUUCGGAUUACACGGAAUGUUACACUCUUAAUGGAAAAGGAUCUGUCUUACAAAGAGAACAGAUCAAUUACAAUGAGAAGGAGUUGCUACUGGCUUCUUUGGAUAACAAAAAUAAGAGAAAAACAGAGAUCAACAAACAUAUCGAAAAGAAUAAUGACUCUGAUUCAGAUUGUGUUUGUAUUGAUAACAUCAGUAGUUCAAGGACAGCUGUGAUAAAUACGAACACACCUUUGAAAGGCAAGAGACGAAGUGUUUCUCCUGUAGAAGAUAUUGCUGAUAACACUCCUCCUAAAGUUUUUAGAACUAAACCUUUGAGACAUUCAACGUUAGAUAAGGGAGUUAAAAAAGAUAAUGCACAACUUGAGAAUGGUAUACAUUCUGAUUUGAAAAUCAUGAAACAGUCUCCAAUUGAUACUCCCAGAAGAAAACUAAGAUUCAAAGAUAAGGAUAAGAACAAAAUUGAUGAGAUAGAGGAUAUAUGUGAAGUUGCCAAAGAAAAGUUGUCGAUAAAAACCAAAAAUGAUAACAAAGACACAAAGAAUACCGCUGAAGAAUCAUUAGCAGAGAUUAAUGUGAGUACUCCAAAAACUCAAGAUCAAGAUGCAGUUUGUGCGUCAAGGUCAAGGUGCAGUUCUGUAAAGAUGAGAACUGAAACUCUGGCUAAUUCGUCUACGCCUUUGCAAGAAGCCAGAACUCCCAAAUCUUGUCGCACAUUGAAGCAUAGUUCUUUAACGCCAUCCAUGAAGAUGAGAACAGAAGCUCUGGCUAAACCAGCCACACCCCUGCAAGAAGCCAGAAACAGAUUGCAUGUUAGUAUAGUACCAAAGUCACUGCCGUGCAGAGAGGAAGAAUUUAACAAUAUUUAUACAUUUUUGGAAAGCAAACUAACGGAUAAGAGUGGAGGAUGCAUUUACAUAAGCGGUGUCCCAGGUACAGGUAAAACUGCUACUGUAAAUGAAGUUGUGAAAUGCCUGCAGAAAUCUGUAAAGAAGGGUAAAUUGAGUCACUUUGAUUUCGUUGAAAUUAACGGCAUGAAAUUGUCCGAGCCUAGGCAAGUCUAUGUGCAAAUUCUGAAACAGCUGUCCGGAACAACCUUAACGUGGGAACAAGCGCACAAUGCGCUAGAAAAGAGAUUCACUAGCAAGGCGAAAAAUCGGCCGAUGACGUUGUUACUUGUGGAUGAGCUUGAUUUGUUGUGUACAAAACGACAAGAUGUAAUUUAUAAUCUUUUGGAUUGGCCUACAAAGGCGUCUGCUCGCUUGGUAGUCAUUACUAUCGCAAAUACUAUGGAUCUUCCAGAGAGAGUUUUAAUGGGUAGAAUCACGUCGCGAUUAGGGCUUACGCGGGUAACUUUCCAACCGUACAGUCACACACAAUUGCAAGAGAUAGUGGUGACCAGACUUCAGGAUGUAGAUAUUUUCAAAAGUGAAGCUAUACAAUUAAUUGCGCGUAAGGUAUCCGCGGUAUCUGGCGACGCCCGCCGCGCUCUGGACAUUUGUCGCCGAACGGCGGAAAUCGCCGAGACACGUGGCGGAGAUACGGUAACGAUACAAGAUGUGAACGAAGCUCUGUCGGAGAUGAUAACGAAUCCGAAGAUUCAAGCGAUACAACAUUGCUCGAAAUUCGAGCAACUUUUUCUGCAGGCCGUGCACGCGGAGGUCACUCGCACCGGCGUCGAGGAAGUUUCCUUUCAGAAUGUUUACAGACAGCUCGAAUUUCUGUGUACCUUCGACGGUCACGAAAAACCUAAUAUCACCCAGGCGCUCGAUAUCUGUGCGAGAUUGGGUGACUACAGGCUGUUGAUAUGCGAUUAUUCGGGUAGCGACAUACAUCAAAGGAUUUUAUUGAAUGUCUCGAAAGAUGACAUACACUAUGCGCUCCAAACAAAUCUCAAGAAAAAAAAGCGAUUGUAAUAUCAAGACCAGAUAAUUUAUAUCCCUAAUUUGUUUUUUUUUCUCUUUUAUUGCGAAGAACAUGUAGCGUGUGUGUUUUUAUACAAGUUAGUUAUUGACUAUAUUUUAUGAUUCACGACCGGUUUUUUACUCAAUUACAUUUUGUUACGAGAACAUAAAGCGUGUAAUAAAAAUACAGAUAUAAUUUUUUAACAUGAGAUGGUACAGCAAAUAAUACAGACGUGACGCAAUAGUCGCGUCUGUAUAUACGUAUCCCGGAACACAUACAAAAACGUGUCAUCUGCCAGGACGGAUGUAUUCAAAAAUAUUGAACUCUAUAUUAUAUGCAGUCGGUCUAUUAUUGGAAAAAUUACACAACUCAAGGUCUCGGACUAAAAACUAUAACUUCUUUCAUUACCUAACGUCAGUUCAAGGUAGUAAUAUUCUUCAGUCUGUAAUCUGCAGAAGUGACAUCGGUUUUUUUUUUUUUUUUUUAUAAUAAAUGAGAGAAAA